AUGCCAGAUCAUUCGCAUAUCUACAUUGGCUCUGCCUUCGUGGCAGGAGUUGUCCUGACUAUAGCUUUCAAGGACCUAUUCUACCCCGAGAUCGAGGAACGCAUCAGAGAUUAUCGCGCUCGGCAUUCCUCAAAAUCAUACCAGAACGCCUCAGUGGAUUCGUUAGCUGUGAGGCAUGGGCCUCCAGCUAUUGUAGAUGGGAUCGAGGGCUGUAUUGGGAAUACCCCUCUACUUCGAAUCAAAUCCCUGUCCGAAGCGACCGGGUGCGAAAUCCUAGCGAAGGCUGAAUUUCUGAACGGCGCCGGUCAGAGCUCAAAGGAUCGAGUAGCUCUGAGCAUGAUCGAAUUGGCUGAGGAGAGGGGAUUGAUGACUCCGCAUUCAGGAGAUACGAUCUACGAAGGAACAUCUGGGUCGACAGGAAUCUCAUUGGCCACGCUAGCUAGGGCAAAGGGCUAUCUUGCUCAUAUUUGUAUGCCAUCAGACCAGGCUAUCGAAAAGUCGAACUUACUCCUCAAACUAGGCGCAAUAGUUGACCGCGUGCCUCCAGCACCUAUAGUUGAGAAGGACAACUUCGUUAACCGGGCAAGAGCACUUGCGCAAGCACAUACCAAUUCGACAGCGUCAGAAUCAUCAGUUGGUACAGCCUCCCAAAGGGGAAGGGGUUACUUUGCGGACCAAUUCGAGAACGAGGCGAACUGGCGAGCCCACUACAAUGGCACCGGCCCGGAGAUCUACGCCCAGUGCAAUGGGUCCCUUGACGCCUUUGUUGCAGGGGCCGGGACCGGAGGCACAAUCUCUGGCGUGGCUCUAUAUCUCAAGCCGAGGAUCCCCAACAUGACUGUGGUAGUAGCCGAUCCCCAAGGUAGUGGGCUCUAUAAUCGGGUUCGUUACGGAGUUAUGUUCGACACUAAGGAGAAGGAAGGGACACGUCGUCGGAGGCAGGUUGAUACUAUCGUGGAAGGCAUUGGGAUCAACCGCGUUACCGCAAAUUUCGAGGCGGGACGGGAACUUGUUGACGACGCUGUUAGGGUUACGGACGCGCAGGCACUGGCAAUGGCUAGAUGGCUUGUUGAAAAGGACGGCAUCUUUGCGGGGAGUAGCAGUGCUGUCAACUGUUUCGCCGCCGUCAAAACUGCUUUGAAACUGGGGCCCGGCCACAGAAUCGUCACAAUGCUGUCUGAUUCAGGCUCAAGACAUCUCUCAAGGUUCUGGGCAAAAGCUGGGAAUGUGGGCGGCGCUGUGGACACAAAGUUGGAGGACGUCCUGAAUGCGAAAGAAGACCAAUAG